GACGUCACCCAACAUGGCGGCCUACUUGAGCCGGUUGCACCACAUUUCGCUCCACGUCUCAAACGUGGAUAAAGUUGCUCACGAGCUGGUGUCCCGGUUCCAGUUUAACGUGUUCGCGGCCCGACUGACAGACCGAGCGAAGCAGCUCGCGCUCCGCAGAGGAUCAGCCGUGUUCGUGGUCAAUGAGAGGCCGAGCGAGGCGCCGCGGAGGCUGAAUGAACGUCAGGAUUUGAACUGUCUGUACGGAGCCCACGCGCACUAUCCGGUGGACACCGUGAGUAACGUGUGUUUCGAGGUGGAGGACGUGCAGAGGGCGUCCGCUGCGCUGCGGGAUCGGGGUUUGUGUGAGUUUCUCCAGCCGCCCACCGAGGUCGCCGAUGACAGCGGCCGGGUCACCUUCUCCAUCAUCCGCUCGCCGGUGGGUAACGUGUGCCACACGCUCAUAGACCGCUCUCGGUAUCAGGGGCUCUUCCUGCCGGGCUUCCAUCAGGUCCGGACGGACUCCGAGACCGCGGGCCGCUUGCAGUGUCCCAUCACGCACUUCGACCACAUCACCUACGCCUGUCCCCGCAGCAGCACCGCACACAUCACCCGCUGGUACCGCGACACCUUCGGCUUCCGGAGGUUCUUCAUUGACAGGAAUGAAGAUGUGGAUGAGGGAUACGUGCUAAACCACAACGGGAUCGGGCUGCGACUGACCGCUAUGGAAUACUGGAAAUGUAGCGAGUCGGGAAUCACACUGCCGUUCAAAGAUGAACAAGAGCCGGACUGCAAGUUUGUAAUCGCAGAGUCUCUUCCACAGCAGGGCAGGAACCAGGUGGACACGUUUCUGGGUCAGCACAGAGGCGCAGGAAUCCAGCACAUUGGGCUCUACACCGAGGACAUCGUGAGAACGGCUCAGACUCUGAGUCUGUCUGGAGUGCAGUUCUUCUCUCCUCCGCCUGCGUACUACACUGAGGUGGGAAAGCAGGACGAGAUCGUGGCUGCGGGUCACGACCCUCACGUUCUGAGUCAGUACGGGAUUCUGCUGGACACUGACCUCCACACGGACACAGACAGCCAGCGGUAUCUGCUCCAGGUGUUCACCAAGCCUAUUUUCGGAGAGGACACCUUCUUUCUGGAGCUGAUCGAGCGCAGAGGCGCCACAGGCUUCGGCGAGGGGAACAUCCGUGCGCUCUGGAGAUCCGUGCAGGCCUACAUGGAGAACGCAGAGCGUCACGAGACGGAGCGCGAAAACAAGCAGAGCACACCGAGCUGACAUCAGCAACAACACUGACAGAGACUGUGAUCUAUAUAUAUAAACACAUGAGGACGACUCGGCUUUAGAUUCAGUGACUGCAGUGCGAUUGAGAACUGGUUUGAGUCUGUCCUCUGUUCAGGAUUAGAUGUUGGACUGUAAGAGUCUUCAGGGCACUUCUAAUGCACAUGGUGUAUUAUUCAGUGAUGUCUAAACCUGUACUGUAAUACAUUGUACUGUAUUUUCACUCGAAAACAUUUAAUUUUGACAAUAUAGCGGUACUGUUGACCUGUGUGUUUCUGUCAGAUAAAUCAACAUUAUGAUGCCGAUCUGUUCUUUUUGUCUCCUCACAUGUGAUCAUGUUUAAUUGCCAUUAGGACCAGUUUGAGGUGUUUGAAACCCACAUACAAAACCACUGCUAGAGAAAAUCUAAACCUACGGAGUGUGACAACUAGCCCCGCUCUGACAGUGUGCUGUAACUCUAGCUGUAUAAGCCGCCAUCAGUCUGUUUUUCACUGACAGCUGGUUUACUUAAAGCAGACACACAAUGCUUGAGUUCACUUCACAUUUAAACGUGUCUGUCAUGCUGCAUUAGUUUCUCUUCACCAAUAUUUCUUCUCAGUCUCUUCUGUACGUUGGCUCUGAUCUUCACCUGCAGCAGUUUCCAGAUGUUCCUGUAGAUGGAGUCAGAUCUCGGCAGCUCAGAUCAGUUUCCGGUCCUUCAGGGAUGUUUUUCCACAACAAACCCAAACCCAGUAACACCAAAGACUAGAAUACCUUAAAGCGUAAGUGUGGAACUUUCCAAAAACUCAACUCAGUCAGCUUCAUUAUCAGCCUUCGACCCUCCAAACAACAGUGGAACCUACAUAAUGAGCAGCAUUUCCCCUUUUAUUCAACACGUUUGUGUGUUUUAUUCUAUUCAGAUCUUUCUUUGGGCUAUUAGAGAUGAUUUAUCAAUAAGGAAGACUAUUUAGACACCAGAUUCUGAGUAUUCUGUCCAUAAACCUGUGAUCAGGACUGGACAUAAUUAAUUAUCAUAAAAGCCAAUGAGUGUCAGAAUUAAUUUAUCACACUGCAGGACCAGUGAAAUUGAGUUUUACCAGUUAUAAGACCCACUAUGCAUCCAUAUAUCAAUAUCUGUUCAUGUUGAUUAAAGAGUCAGAGUAUAUUGUAUGUGUCUACUAGCA